AUGCAUAAUGGGCUGCCAGUUCACGACUCAACAGAAGAAGCUACUGAGGAUUUUAGUACGACCACAAACAAUCUCGAGGAGGUGAUUCGACACGAGCAACGGCCCUGGUGGUUUAAAGAUGGAAUCAAAGAUAUCGCUUUCUAUCUUCGAUCGCACAAAUUCAACGAAUACGACCGACGAUAUCAAACUGAUGCCAAAACUGCACCCAGAGCCAAUUAUAAAAGUUUCCCCAAACCACCACUUAGGAGCCUACACUGGGAAGUGAACAAGUAUUGCGACAGGUCGUUCUUGCAAUGCGUGGACUAUCUCAGGAAAAAAGUGCGAAUGACAUCGUUGAAGAGGGAAGACGACAGUGCCGUGGUGAUUCAGGAGCAACGAUGGGAGAGGGUCAAAAACGCAGAACAGAUCGGCCAAAUAGAAUUCGAAUGCAAGAAAUUGAGAGAUGCUGACGACCACUACGCCAGGCCAUUUGAAGGGCCCUUAGAAAGGUUUCAGUGGCGCACAACAGCGAGCUAUUACAUGUGUUGGUACACAAUGAAUGAAGUCCCAGACUUGGAGCAUAUAGGAGAAAGAUGUGAUAAUUUCGCGUAUUGUUUGGAUAUCAGUUUUGGACCGACGAACGAGGAUCCAAGGGCUGACGACAGCAUACCUUUUGCCUGCGCCCUAUAUAGCUUCUGUCCGGACCCCUGCUGCGCUAACAAGCACGUAACUAGCCCGGAGACCUGCUGGAACAGUCUAGAAAAUAAUCCGUGCUACGGGGAAAGUCCGCCAGACCAGCGCGAAUGCACCUUUAACAGGACAAGGAACAAGGAGUUCACAGAUAUAAUCCUGAAUCGUUGGAAUGUCUCCUGCAAAUGUCCAAAGGCCGGAUACGAAUGGAGUUCCCGCUAUGGAAUUUGUGUCGAUAUAGACGAAUGCGCAUUAGAAGACGGGAACUUUUGCACCGGGGAAGGAGAAGGAUGCUUAAACUUGCCUGGUAGCUAUAGGUGUAUUUGUCAGUGGGGAUACGUCUACGACGACACGCGAAACGAAUGCGUGGUGAACGAGGCAGUGUCCGUCAUUAAACUACACGGCACACGGAACGUAACUAAAGCAGGCCGCAAGGGAUUCAGAUGGUUCAUGUCCAAAGUCCUGAAAUUAUUUGCGAGAUCCAGCGCAGGGAUUAGUAUCCUCGAUUCGAGUCAAUCGAUUUACUUAAACUUGAUUUACUUCGUGUUUGUCCAACGAUGUCUUUGGAGGACGAUAGUUUAGUAAAAUGUCCUUUGAUACAGUGACUCACAGCUUAAAUGAUGUAUCUUUAUUUAUUUG